AUGGGUGGUAGUAACGAUGUCUUCAACGUUGCCGUGUUCUUCGUGGUAUUCAGAGAGUGUCUUGAAGCUGUCGUCAUUGUUUCCGUGCUUUUAUCUUUCUUGAAGCAGUCUAUCGGUGAACAGGAUUUCAAGCUUUACAAGAAACUGAGGAAGCAAGUUUGGAUUGGUGUUGUUCUUGGGUUUAUAAUAUGUUUGGCAAUUGGUGGUGGUAUGAUUGGUGCCUACUACGGUAAUGGUAACGAUAUCUUCGGAACCGCCGAGGAUCUUUGGGAAGGUGUAUUCUGUAUGAUUGCAACGGUUAUGAUUAGUGCGAUGGGUAUUCCGAUGUUGAGAAUUAACAAGAUGCAGAGUAAAUGGCGUGUUAAGAUUGCAAAAAGUAUGGUUGCCAAACCAAAGUCAAAGAGAGAUUAUUUUAAAUUUGGAUUCUUGGCAAAGAGAUAUUCUAUGUUUCUCUUGCCAUUCAUCACAGUUUUAAGAGAAGGUUUGGAGGCCGUCGUUUUUGUUGCUGGUGCUGGUAUCACUACUGCAAACGCAAAGGGUACUUCUUACCCACUGCCUGUUUUUGUAGGUCUAAUAGCGGGUGUGGGUGUCGGGUUAUUACUUUACUACGGUACCUCGAGAUCUUCCAUGCAAAUUUUCCUAAUCAUUUCAACAUGUAUCCUGUAUUUGAUUUCUGCUGGUCUAUUCAGUAGAGGUGCAUGGUAUUUCGAAAACUAUCGCUUCAACCAAGCUAGUGGUGGUGAUGCUUCUGAGUCUGGUGAUGGUAAUGGUUCUUACAACAUUCAAAAGACUAUCUACCACGUCAAUUGUUGUAAUCCAGAAUUGGAUAACGGUUGGGAUGUUUUCAAUGCGCUUUUGGGAUGGCAAAAUACUGGUUACUACAGCUCAAUGAUCUCUUAUAACAUCUAUUGGUUGGUUUUAAUCAUCGUUCUGUGGUUGCUAAUGUUCGAAGAAAAGAAGGGCCACUUACCAUUUACCAAACUGCAAAUGCGCCAAUUGAAUCCAGGAUAUCACAUUAAGAACAAGAAGAAAGAUGAAUUGACUAAGGAACAGGAACAAGAAUUGUUUGCUAAAUUGGAGGGUUUGAGAUACGAUAAGGAAAGAGGUAUUAUCCAAGAUGAGGAACUUGCUCUGGGACAGGAAGGUACCUCUUCUCAACAUGCAGCUGAAGCAUUUGGAAGAGAUUCUUCUUCUGCUGAUGUUGAAGAAGUUGAUGGUGCUACAAAGAAGGAUGCCACUGUCGUUGCAACCAAUCCUGCUCGUUCACAAUUGUAA